AUGACUGAAGAACUUAAAGAACUCCAGGAACAAAAAGAACUCGAGUAUCAGUACCUCCAAAUUGCGGGUAAACUUAGUUCGGAGCAGCAAGCCAUACUUCAACUCCACACGGGCAUACCAUCCACACCUCAACCAUAUGAUACGGAUUUAUAUCCUUUACGUAAAGGAUAUUCUUCAACACUCACAGGAUCCCAUCUCUACUCAGGAUCAUCAGGAUUUCACACAAGCGGUAAUCAGUAUCCUGGCUACCAAACGUCCGUAGGUAACCGCAUGGACCUAAGGAGAUCAGGAUAUGCCGACUAUCCUGCCGAUCACAGCACAAAUCCUGCAACGCUUACGCAUUCACAAAAUCUGCGUAAUUUUUUACAGCCCGAGCUGGAAGGGGAUGGUCGCAACCCCCGCUACUCCCCACCUGUGAAACGGUUCCUGCUCACCAAGGACCCACAGGACAGGAGGACGGCAGGAAAUGGAUUGGGUAUGAAGGUUCUCGGCGGUAAAGAAAUUCCAGGAUCGAAAGGACGGGUCUGUGGAUUCGUAUCGAAAAUUCUGCCGAGUGGAGUGGUGGAUAAAUUACGUGAAGUCCAUGAAGGGGACUUGGUAUUGGAGUGGAACGGAGUGCCUCUGAUGGACCGCACAGAUUCUGAAGUCCAGAGUAUCCUGGACCAGACUGCACAGGAUCAUGAAGUCGAGAUACUAAUUAGAAAUGAUGUGAACAUAUUGACCGGCAAGCGGCUGCCUGAUGCCCAUGGCAAAGUACCAGACUUCAGUACCUUCCGUGACCAGGACUGGUAUUACCCUGGUAAAGAUCAGUACUACAGGGAAUUCCCACCUCGCGACCACAAACUUGGAUAUGACAUUAAUGGUAACAGGAAUACACCCCAGAAUGUGGUAACUUACCAGCCCACAUCUCGUGACCCUUUCGGGCAGUACUCAAACCUAAAGCCGGCAGACCCUUUGGACCGACAAUUCGGAUACGAGAAGGGGCAGCUGAGAGACAGUUUUUACAAUGUAAAUCAAACAAAUAAAAAUUAUUACCACAAUUCGAAUUACGGUUCUGGUUGGCAAAGAGAUUCUGUCUUCGGGCCAGACACUCGAUAUGAUUACGGGAACAGAGAUGGAAGGUACGGCGAAGACCUCCGUAAUUCAACUUCAGGGUACAGUCAAUAUCGGAAUCACAACAACAAUAAAAAUAGUCUAUCGAGGAUGGAUCCAUACCAGGACCAUCGACUUCAUGGAUCAAGAUCCAGAAGGGAAGUGGAUCGUUAUUGGAAUGGUGAUCGAGAAUUACCGUCCACCACAAACAUGAUCCGCAGACACUCGUGGGACGUCCAUGAUGAAUCGGGUCACGGCAAAGGUCAAUACUGGAGGUCGAGGAACAGUUGUCUAGACGACGAAUACUACAAACGAACAGAAGGGGACUUUCUGAGGGCUCGUCAUCACAGCGACCCAGCCUUUAGGACCGACUAUCAAUGUGUGAGGCGAUGGCAUUCCACGGAUCGCUACCCGGACGAAUAUCGAACUGUCCGACAUCUUCCUGAUAUAAAAUUAUCUCUGUGUCCACCUGAAGAUCCCAGGGAGCGGAAGUAUGGUUCAGCUCAAUACCUAGACCACGCUGCAAGACGCUAUCGGGAAGAGUUUGACUUUGCGCGAAAAGAUCUAGACAGGUUCCAGAGGUAUGGUUCGUUCAAAGAUUAUGGUCACCACUACCAUGAUGAUCGGCAAAGAGACAAGUUUGGUUCUGGUUACUACAGUAGAGGCAAAUCGUGUUCAGACGACCUUAGGUAUGCAUACGACAAGUAUCACGAUUCGACCGAUGCGUACUUUUCAGCAGACCGAUACAGAGAUACACGCACUAACACUGAGAGGUACCGUGACGAAGAGAGGCAGAGGCUACAACAGAAGCAGGGGCUGCAUCGAUGGAAAAAUCAGAGAGACUUAUACGAUCCGAGUCGAUAUCAGGAAACAUUGAAUCCUUUGUACCUUGAUGACCGAGCUAGGGAUUUCCGUGACUCGUAUGACACCAGGGGAAGGGAUGGACAUGACAGAUACCACGAUGACGGAUAUUACGAUUAUGGAAAUCAAACCGGUUACGAUCCUUAUCGUGAAACUACACAAUCAGUUUAUACAAGUUCCCAGUACAGGGAUGACAGGGCUUACCAGGAAAGCAGGUACCGUGAUGCCAGACAUUCUGGAUACAGCGAUUUCGAAACCAGCGAAAGGGAGCGUAAACACCGAAGUCGAAACCCGCCACAACAAUUGAGCUUGGAAGGCCGCGCAGGGCCUGCUUCGCCUCGGAGAGAUGAGAUAAGGAGCCGCGACAGAAAGCACAAAAACAAUUCCAAAGAAGGGAAAUCAAGGCGUUCUGGCAAGAGUCGGCACCACCAAAGUCACCAAGUGCAACAAGCAGAAGUUCAGCUUCUAAUUUGCCACGACGUGGUGGCUCAAAUCCUGUACGUGACCGUCCUGAGGGCCAGGAAUCUUCUCACGCUCAGGGAGGAUGGAGACACAAGGCCUGAUCCUUUCAUCAAAGUUUACCUCCUGCCUGGCAGAAGCCUGGAGAACCAGCGGCGCACUCGACAUUUCCAGCGCACGAGUGCCCCGGAAUGGAACCAGACGAUGGUUUACCCCAACCUGCACGUGUCGGACCUCAAGAAGCGAUACCUGGAAGUCACGGCCUGGAACUACGACCAGCACAGGCCUAAUGAAUUCCUGGGGGAAGUCGUGCUCGAUCUCAGCGAUCCUACUGUGGUGAACGAGGAUCCCAAAUGGUAUACUCUACAAGAAAUGGUCGACCGAGCCGACAUGCCUGCUCUGACUAGCGGUAUGAGAGCAUAAGCUUCGUAGGUCUACAAUAUGUGCUAAAGCUGCA